AUGACGGACUUAACCGAAUUUCACUUCUUUCCCUACCUCCCGGAGGAGCUAAGGGUCAUAAUCUGGAACCUCACCCUUCGGCCGCUUGACCGCCGUGGGGUUCACAUUUUCAACGUUGAGGAGAGAACUUCGGAUAAGUGGAGUCCUGUUGUAUCAGGGGCGGAUGUGCAGGAAACUCGGGCCCUUCAACUAUGGAAAAGGCGUGAGCCUGGGAUGCCUUGGUUACAUACUUGCGUUGUUCUCGGGAAUCCCAAGACCACCAGAGAACCUCAAGGUGCGCCGCGCUCGACAUAUCUGAUCGACGGCGGACUCUGGAUUGCCUACGACGUCAUUAGCAAGGCCUUUGACAAAACAAACGAGUCUUGUACAACGAGCUUGUUUGUGCGCAAAUGGAGCAGACCGAUGCGGUGCCAUUAUUUCACCGUUUUCCAAGAUCGGGAUCUUUUUACUUAUCGGCCCGAGUGCUGGACGCCAAUGAAGCAUAGGGACAGGGCUCUCGAAGGGGAGUGGGUUCCCGGAUCCGGGCCAGUUCGCAAAUGGAAGCCAGUUUCCAGAUGGGAGCGAAUCUUUGGUGGCGAACCGGAUGGGCCCCAAGAAGAUCUGGAUUACGAGUACACGUACCGACAUCUGGAUAAGCUGGGCCAUUACCAGAACCACAUGGCUAUCGAGUGGCAUCCAGCCUGGUCUGUCAACUCCGCUGCUUUUAAGGAACUCACGAGCGGUCUGGUGGUACCCUCAUUGCAACGGGAUCAAAUCUGGUUUAUCGAUUACGGGCUCAAGCCGAAACAUGACAAUUUCGCCAUCACUGAUCUUUAUUCGAGACGGCAAUGGGAGGACUCCGAGGAGGAGGUACUAGUCUUUGAUGACGCCCAUGGAGGCCGCUAUGUGGAGGUAUAUUUUUACGAAAAUUAUAUCAAUCCACACUCGGGCGAGAGAGUGGGCUCCGUGGGUUUCGAUGGUACGGAGUUGUUUGUGUCUACGGACGGGAGUCUGGCGAGGCUGAUGGAGUUAUUCUGGGAAGACCUGCCGAAAAAGAUGAAAUCAAUGCGAGUGAGCAGUGGUGGAAAGGACUGGGUACAAUGGGGGAUCCUCGCGUACCUGCCUCCGGGCUUUGAUGAGGGCAAACAACGCCUGGAAGCAUCAUCCACAACAAAGACACAAGAAACUUUAGAAGAGAAGAGGAACCGCCUUGGGCCUCAAUCGCUUCUGAUUGCUGACUUGAAUUGGUCAUAG